GCAUUCACACCAUUCACACGAUUCACGCCACCGCUCCACAAAUUUUCGGUAUGGCGAGGUGAUGCCAGCUGUGAAGAAUUUUGUAAAGAGAAAUGUUGUGUCCAGAAGUGUGGAACUUUUCUCCUCCUGCUAGUAGUUUUAAAUUCAAGAGAGGCAGACUUAAUGAAGUAAAAACUCAGUGCACUAAUUUAAUCGACUUCCAUUACUUCAAUCACUUGGUUUCUGUUGUUUUGCCAGAUACAAUUAAUGUAUCAGAGGUAAUUACGGACUCACUGAAUGAUGACUGUGAAUAUUAUGAAGUGGAAGAUAUUCAUGUCAGCCACUUAAUCAACAAGGAAUUCAUUGAAGCAUUUGUGAAGAAAGGACAUCUGACAGUCCUGAGCAAUGGCACAAAUAUUGAUACAGAUGAUUGUGUAGCUCUUACACCAUCAGGACAUCUUUUCCUCACUCUUAACAGACAAACUUAUCAAGAACUUGGACUGGAAGGCAGACCUUCAUUCUUCUCACGAUCAAAACCCAAUAGAUAUGUUGUGCAAUUGGAUCUCAAAGAGCAACACUUUGCACCAGGCAAGAAGUUUUAUAACAGAGUACAGCAGUGCCUCAGAGAAAACAUACAAGUGAAGCAGAAUCUGCUAGUAGCAUGGGAUCCACCAGAAGAGAAAAUAUGUCCUUCGUCGAUUGCUGCAUACUUUUCGUCACAAGGCCAUAAGGUAUCACUCUGUCAGCCUCGAUUCUCCAAGCAGGUUUUGUACAAUGUGAAGGUUCCAGAGUAUUUUCCAGAUGAUGGUGAUGAUAAUAGUGCUUUAGAACUUAUAGAGUGGCUAGGAGCUUUCAGUAUUGGAGCUGAUCUGAACUCUGGAGCUCCAGAUAAUUUUGUAAAUAUGUAUCAGUGCCCUCUUCAAACAAAAGAAGUUGGUGCCACUGUACACAUGCAAUGGACAGGAUACUUCACAUACAGUCAGAUUCACAGACUGUUUGAUGAACUGAGGCAAUAUGUGUCACAAAGAACAAGCAUUCCUUGGGUCAGCCUGUAUGUGCAAGGUUUUGCCGACAGUCCUGUUAGUUGGGGUCUCAAAGAACACCAAUUCUACUCAAAUGGUGACAACAACUAUGUCCUCUUUCUGAGCCCCACAGGCAGUUACUUAGCAUGUUCCUACAUAAGCUCUAACAAAAGACCUAAGAGUAAAACAAAGAAAUGAACUAAAAUGCUGUGUAAUGGAUGUAUUUUAAUACAGUGAUACAGAGAUAUAGUUACA